UUGUAGUUUCCCACUUCCGGUUGAUUUUCUCUACCUCUCCUUCUUUGAAGCGUCGGCCAUUACGCCAUUACCAGUGCUGCUCGUGCUCGCCGUGUUGCUGUUUUAUUUCAAAGCUUUUUGUGAACUCUUCUCAAAGUAGAGGACAUAAUGGAGACAGAGGAAGCCGUUUAUACGGAGGAGAACCAGGCGGUGGCCCUGCCAGCAACUGCAGAGCUGCCGGAAAUUAGGCUUUACGGCAGGUGGUCCUGCGAUGAUGUCCAGGUUUCGGACAUGUCUCUGCAGGACUACAUCGCGGUUAAGGAGAAGAAUGCGAAGUACUUGCCGCAUUCAGCAGGUCGCUAUGCCGCCAAGCGGUUUAGGAAGGCCCAGUGCCCAAUAGUAGAGAGACUAACAAACUCUCUCAUGAUGCAUGGCCGUAACAACGGCAAGAAGUUGAUGUCCGUGCGAAUUGUGAAGCACGCAUUUGAGAUUAUGCAUCUUUUGACCGGCGAGAAUCCCCUUCAGAUUCUCGUCACAGCCAUAAUCAAUUCUGGGCCUCGAGAAGAUUCAACUCGAAUUGGCCGUGCCGGAACUGUCCGGAGGCAAGCUGUUGACGUGUCUCCCCUUCGACGCGUCAACCAGGCCAUCUGGCUGUUGUGCACAGGAGCACGCGAAGCAGCAUUUAGGAAUAUCAAGACUAUUGCCGAAUGCUUGGCAGAUGAGCUGAUCAACGCUGCGAAGGGGUCUUCAAACUCUUAUGCCAUUAAGAAGAAGGAUGAGUUGGAGCGUGUCGCCAAGUCUAACCGAUAAAUUUCCACAUUUUUUGCUUUAAUAAAACCUGUAAAUCUCA